GGACUCGAUGAUCUCUGGAGGUCCCUUCCAACCCCUACAAUUCUGUGACUCUGUAAGUGUCCACGGUUCUAAUGUGCUUGAUGGGAUUUCAAGGUUCUGGUUAUGUUCUUUAAUAAAUUAACCCUCUUUUCUCUUCUUUUUGCAACACAUCGGAUCAAUUUCAAGCCAACGUCACAUGUCUUACAGCCUUAUAAUACCUUCUGUUUCACAGACCUCAGCAGGCCUCACACCAGCUUUCCGCACUCACCACAAUGCUUGGAGGUCCAAUGAGAUGAACCCAGUUCCCAAUCACUUGCAGCUCAUUUUCUCACACAACAGUUGUUCCAGCAGUCAGAAUAGCCUAGCUUGUUAACAUCCAGAGGGUUUUCUUGCAAAGGUAAUAGAAGAAUGCCUCACACAUUAUCAAAACAUAGCGGGAAAGCCAGGAAAUCCCCAAAGAAGGAGCAAAUAACACCAGCCUAGAGGAACUGUUGUGACUGUAUGAGCAAAGCUGCAGGAAGACAAAAGGCUUAGCAGUGUGUGAGGUCACCUACAGACAGUGGGCAGGCCUCAGAGUGUUAAAAAAGGUAGAGUGGGAUGGUUGUUCUUUACUUCAGAAGGGGCGGAAACGGCUGUGGGUGAAGAAGGAUAUUAUUAAAGACAUAAACUCAGCAAACUACUGGGACGUGUGGCUGUCAUGAUCAGCGUAAUACCACAGAGCUCCUGCCUUGCACACAGCAGCUUCUGCAGAGAACUAGAAAGAGAUGCAGAGAACAGCAGAGCUGCAAAACUCAGACAUGUCAGCAGUGCAAGGACUCAGAGAUAAGGUGCAGAUGGAUAGAUGCUGCAAACCAUUCCCAGGUCUUCUUUAACCCGUAAAUUGAAUAAAAUAAAGUACAAUGAAAUACAAACUUCCAAAGAAAAACAACAUCUUGUCCAUAGCCAUGGCCCCAGACUUGUUCUUGUUUUCUGCAGAUCUGGACAUGAAGUUAGUGGGAAAUAUCAGCCCGUGGUGGUUCACCCAAUUUCUAGAAGGAUAACUGCCAGUCUGUAUCUCAACUGAAGACACUGCAGCAAAAUCCCAGAGGCAACAUUAAAAACAAUGCUAAAACAAUAAACAAGCCCAAGUUCUGGAUCAAAAAUGAAGUGCUGCAGAAAUCUUUUCUCACUGUUUCACCUGAGAGGAUGAACACGGACUCUUCACAGAAGAGGGUCCUGAUGACAUCACAUCCUCUCCUAUAAGUUACGCUGCCUCCAAAGUUCAGUGAGAAAGAUCAGCCGCGCUCCGCUGCACCGCCCCGAGGACGAUGGCCGGCUCUCCUGCACUGCUCCUCCUGCUCAGCCUGGGGCUCUGUGAGUAUGGAAGCCAGAAGGAUGGAAUUCAGGGCUGUUCAGUGACUGCGCAGGCAAGCGGGAGCGGAGGGACUGCAGUGCGAUACGCAGCAGGAACAGAACCUGUUCAGACAGGUGUUGCUGGAGGGGAUGGGGAAGGGGGGAGAGAGAGCAUGUAGCAGUUGAUAGCAAGGAAUCAUCCGUCAAAGAAGUUGGGAAAAUAGCAGCAGCCCAAACAAGGCAGCUGAAGGGCAGCAUCCAUCUCAAGAGCCUGGCACUCUCAGUGCUGAAUCCCCAGGGACUCCAGCACAGCACCCAAGUAUGCUGGAUGCCGAGGCCCUCCGUCCGCAUUCACCCUCACAGCCCGGCUGCCUGCCUGCCACGCACCGCACCAGCAGGGAAGAGCCCUGCACAAAAGCACCCGGAGCUCUUCUUGAGCAGCACCUGAGGGGACAUGGCCGACUUCUGCCCACAGGCUGCACCACUGCCCAGGGACAGAGGAACACGCUGGAGGCCAGGUUCCUCAACAGGAAUAUGAAGCACCCCCAGGAGGGACAGCGGCUGGAGUUGGAGUGCCUGAAUUAUGAGAGAAACAGACCCAUCUUCUGGAUCCGCCUGGACAACGGUGGGAACCUUCACUUCAUUCUCUCCAGUACACAAUCUUAUCCCUCUACCUUGCAGGAGGCUGAGAAAACAGCUCCAAACUUUGAGGCAUCAUGGAAAGGAAACUCCUAUCGGCUGGUAGUGAAGAACUUCAGGGCACAGGACGAAGGGAUCUAUUUCUGCAUCAACUACAUCAACCCAGGGCUCCACAUCAGCUCUGGACAACCCGCCUUCUUCCCAGGCACAACAACAGCAGCACCCACCACACACACAGCCACCACCCAGAGCAGCCAGCUCACCAAGAAGGACAGCUCACAACAGGGCCCACAUGCAGGAACAAGCAACGAGAACACACCAAGAUUCUACUGUAAAAUGGUCAUGUGGGUUAACCUGGCUGUCACCUGCCUCCUGCUCCUCACUGCCAUAACCAUCACCAUCACGCACUGCCAAAGCUCAACAUAGGAACUCACUGAUCCCAGCAGCAGCACACACAGCUGCCCUGAUGCAGCGCCGGCAUUUGGCUGCUCCUCCCCUGCUGCCCACCAGCACUGCACACCUCCCGCGGCCUGACAUGUGCUCCUGCCCCACACUGCUGGGACACACCCAGACCGCGCCGGACACUGCUGACCCUAACAAGCCGGGCAGCUCCGUGCCACUGUGCAAAAGGCACCGCUGUGCUGCACAGCUCAGCCUUCCACGAAACAACCAAGAAACCAAUAAAAUAUCCAAUACUCAGCUCUCA